UGGGCGUGGCGUCAGGCUCUGCGAGAGAGAAAAGCAAAACAAUCAUUUUUAUCCCCUUUUACCGGCUGCUUUUAGGGUCCGUAGUGAAAUACACUCUCGGUAGGGAGUCGUAGUCCACACAAUACUGUUAAAUGCAUCUUAUCCCGCUCAGCACUAAAAUCGACCGAAAGCUGGUGAUUUUGCUUUAGUUACAUUUGAUCCAGGUUGAGAAUGACUUCCAAGCGGCUUCUCGAUCAGCCUCGAGCCGGCGACAGCACGCAUGAGGGGGGCGAGCUUGUCACUGGAAAAGCGUUCAAAACAAACGCGCUGCAUGAAUGUGCUUUAAGGAACUUUGGCAAGGAAAUCUCUCCAAACGGACAUUAUUAUACCUCAACGAGAGAGAGGCACUACAUUCAUAAGAAAUUUGCAUGUGGCAGAGAUGAGGACGAACAUAGCUCAGGUGGGGUCCUUAAACAUGGCUGCCCUGCUCAACGCCUGAUCCUGAAUGGCAUCAGGCUACAAGACCAAACCCACAUGGAGGCUUGGAGCCCAGUGAGAGGGCCUGGGGAGCCAGGAUGUCGCCUGCCAUCACCAGAGACACCGUACCCGCACAUGUCCUCCAUCAUCCCCGUCCCACAUGACAGGAGGCCUUCUGGUCUUGCUGAUAAAGAAGUGAUGGCUGCCACCGUCCUGACCACACUGUCCACCAGCCCGUUGGUGCUUAACCCUUCCUCCAGUGCCUCAGGUGCAGAUUUGGCUGGUAAGGGCUGGAAGGAGAGCCUGUCUGCCAGCUACAGCAGCUCUACCAGUGGGAACUGGAGCUGGGAUGCCAGCGACCAAUCGGUGCCCUCCACGCCGUCCCCGCCCCUCUCCAACGAUGCCUGCAAGAGCUUCCUGCUUUCCUCCCAUAGUGAUGACAACAUUGAGGAAAACGAGAGUACACACUUCCUGUUUGAGGACCCCAUCCCCCGAAAAAGAAAGAACUCCAUGAAGGUGAUGUUUAAGUGUCUGUGGAAGAACUGUGAAAAAGUCCUCAGCACUUCCUCAGGGAUCCAGCGCCACAUCCGCACCGUCCACCUGGGGCGAAAUGGAGAUUCUGACUACAGCGACGGCGAGGAGGAUUUCUACUACUCUGAAAUCGAGGUGAACAUGGACACGCUUUCGGAGGGGCUGUCCAACCUCACGCCCACGUCACCUACAACGUCCGGCCCGGCCCCCAUCUUCCCCAUCUUGACUUGUGAUGUGUCUCGAUCUGAGCCCGCCCACAUGAUCCACACCCCACUCAGCCAAUCAGCACCGUCGGCGCUGUGCCAUAUCCGCACUGACCACGCUUACCAGGCUACAACCCCUGUCAGCAUUCCCAGCAUGCCCUCUGAACCGCCUCACAGUGAGGAUAGGAUUAGUGUAUCCUGGCAGUCGCCCCCUGUCAUAUAUAAAGGUCUACCGGGCCCGAUGACUCAAAUCCGCACUGUUAGCAUCGGUGAGAAGAGACAGCCUGUUAACCACACCACUGUCAGCAAAACACACACCAACAGCACCUCCACUUCCAAACCCACUACUGGAACCAGGAAACCACGUGGCGAAGCCAAGAAGUGUCGAAAGGUGUAUGGCAUGGAGAAGAGGGACCUGUGGUGCACAGCAUGCCGCUGGAAGAAGGCCUGCCAGCGCUUCACUGACUGAGCUUUAUCCUUUACCCCACUUCAAAACGUGCUCGUUUAUUGCGGCUGUUCCACGGACUGAGCGCCGGUGUCUCCUGCACACUCUCAGAGUGAACUUCAUGAGCUAAGAUGUGUCCGUCUGAGGCAUGUGACCUUUUAAAUGUCACUGAUUCCUCCAGGCCACAAGGGGUGCUCUUUUCUUACCGCUUCCAUAGUGGAACACUGAGACUUUUAUUCAGAAAAAAAACCCCUGAUAAAAAGCAAAAAAAGAGAAAAAGAUUUUCGAAAAAAAGCUUUUGCUGCAUUGCAUAUUAAGGCAAAAAGAAGUUUUUCUUAAGUAAUCCAGAAACACAACAUUCAAAGCAGAUUUUCCAGGCAGUUUAUUAUACUUUCAUGUUUUGUGUGCGUUCUGUUGAAUACAGCUAAUGAUUUUUCAUGAUUUUAAGUGUGGCAGACUUUAUACAUAGCAGUUUUUACUGUUAAAAACUCUGGAAGCUUUUUUUGAUGGGUAUUAUUGAGUAUUUUAAAUGGUUAACCCUCUUAAACCCAGAUGCACUUACCAAGCAACUCAAAUUCAUUUAUACGGACAUCAUUUAAUAAGCUUCAAACAACUUGUUUUUGUUCCAAAUCCAACUGUUUCUGGACUUACCGCUUCAUUUUGCCUACAAGCACUUUUUAAUGGCCAUUUUGAUUUUGAUCAAGCAGAGUACAGUUUAGCGUUGCAUCGCAAUCGGCGCGUUGAGCGUUUUAGCAAAUAGUCAAGAACUGUUUCAACACAUAUUGCUAAAGUAAUACCUCUAAACAAGAAUGAGCCUUUCGGAGAGAGCCUUUAGUGUACUUCAGCGCGAGUAGUUGUAGUGCAGGAAUGUAAAAUGGCUUCUCUCUCUGCGCUAACGCACCCAAACUAUUCUGUCCCUCACAGAUCAACUGCCUCUUCAUAAGCUAUGAGGUUUAUUCCUGUCAGUCCACAGUAUUAAUUCAAUGGCAGGCACUUUAACAGGCCACACUUCAGAUUUAACAGACAAUCUGCUGUCGAGGGAAGUCAUCCCAGUCUAAUGUGAUCCAUAAAACACGGCGAAUUUAGGCCACAUUAUGCUUCCUAAGGAAUUAUUUGCUUCUCAUUUAGCAUACGGAUAUUAUUCACUUAAAGGAAACGCUUGCUCUGAUAACGUGUAGACGUCUUCCACUGUGCUUUUUGUCUUUCAUACGGAGGUGAUCAUGUGAUGUCUUCAUGUAAACGGUGUGCACUGUGCUAUCUGACCCUCUCUAUACGAGCGAAGCAGCUCUGAGAUGUUACACCGCAAAAAAAAAAAAAAAGAUUUGUUGUGUAUUUUUGUCUCGUAUGCAAAUAUCUAAGCAUCAAGAUUCAUCUGCUUGAGAAUGAAAAUGACUUGUUUUCUUAGAAAUGUAUCAAAAUUCAUUAAGUGAGUUUAUGCUUAAAGCAAGAAAAAAAAAUCUUGUUUUCUCUUUGAAUAGUUUUUUUUUCUGGUUUUAAGCAUAAACUCAGGUUUGUUACAUGUUUUCAGAAAAUAAGUCAUGAUAUCUAAGUACAUGUAUCUUAAUUUAAGAGUGUUUAAAUAUUUGUACUGGAAAUCAAGACUCUCUCUCUCUCUCUCUGUGUGUAUGUGUAUAUAUAUAUAUAUAUAUAUAUAUAUAUAAUUUUUUGCAGUGAACCCAUGAAACACUGACAGUUAUUGGACAUUUGAAUGUGAUCUGUGUCUUAAAGGAACAGUUCACUCCAAAAUAAACAUUCUGUCAUCAUUUACUCACCCUCAUGUCGUUUCAAACCUGUUUGACUUCUGUGAAACCUGGAAAGAUAUUUUUAAAACAAUUUUUCAUUGUUUCAUUGUAUGGACAAAAAUACCAGACAGAAAUACCAGAGAUGGUGAGCCAUUUUUCAAAAUAUCUUCUUUUGCAUUCCACAAAAGAAAAAAAGUCAUACAGGUAUGAAACAACAUGAAGAAUUUUUUUUUUUUGGGGGUACACUAUCCUUUUAAGGUAUGUAUAUAAAACAAUAUUUAAAAAUGCAUUUAGUUUUUUCAACAUUUGUUAUUUUGGGAUCAAAUAAUUCCUUAAAAAAGAAACUCUAAUUCCAACCCAAGCUGGUAGGUUUUUGUUUCAAAAUAUUUUGCAUUAUUUUUCACCUUCAAGGUAUGGGAAUUAAAUCAUGUUUAAGCUUUCAUCAGAUCAACCAAAACUGGCAAUCAAAAUGUAGCUCCAAAAAAAUGUAGCAGUUUAACCAUUAAUGAUGGGAAUCAAAGAAACAAUUGGGCAGGUGCGCAAUUGCCAAAUGAUUGAAUUCAUCAAAAUAUAUUGUCCUAUCACAGCUUAGAGCAGCUUUGUCUUCUCUUUCCCAGUGGUCAGAAAGGAAAGAGUGUCCCUCUCAUGAUCAUAACUUUCACUAAGUGCCAAUGAGAAGAACAAGAGGGAAAAAUAUAAUUGCACUAACUUGUACUGCACAAAACGUAUAUUUUUAUGUACCUUUUUUUUUUUUUUUACUCAGAAAUUGAAGUUUUUAAAAAGCAAUUACUUAAUGGUUGUCUGGCGAUCGCCGUGGUUCUCUCAUCGGGUCAGGGAUGGGGUCUUUUCUUUUUACUGACCCUGCAACUAUAAGCUUACGUGGCGGUACUUUGCGGCAUCGUGUUGUUUAGGGGCUCGCAGUACGUGACGACGGUCACGUGACUAGCAGACUAUCAUUCAGGCUUGUUUCUAGGGAACGUCACUGUCUUGAUUUAAAAUAAAGAUCGUUUCCUAUGUUCAACAUUGUGUUUUUCUUCAUAGGAAAAGAGUCAUUGGAAGAUUAGGCGUCAAAAAUCAGGCAGUGAUGCUUUAAAUACGUUCAUCAGUUUUAUGGCUUUGAUAAUAUGAUAUAAAAUCCAUACGAGAAUGCCUUUUUGUUGUUAAAUGUCACUAGAGAAUAUAACGUGUAUAUAUUCAUUGCAUAUUUUGGGCUGAGGGGAAAAAGCAUCAACGAAUGUAAAAUCUACAACAUGAAACGCCUGUAAUCUAAGUUUGUUUUAUCGGCUUUUCUCACACAAAUGUCUUUCAUAUCAAGUAGUUAGAACCGCUCAGUGUUUUUUCUGUCGUUUUCAUUUUCUGCUGGCACUUGCAUUGAUGCGUUUUCAUUGUUUUGUGGAUAAGCGAGUGUGUACAUCAUGGAGUAUGUACUAUUGUGAGGCAGGAUGGACGUUGCUAUGUGGAUCAUUGCGUCAUUCUGCCCUGCACAUUCCGAUAGAUGAUUUUACGUUAGUUUGUCUGAGCCUUUGUCUGUCUGUUCCCCGUCAAUCUAACUUCACUGACUGCCUGUUGCUUUUCAGCCAGGAUAUUAAGCUAAACACCCAAGAAAAUGUGUAGAAACUCCUCUUUCCUUCUUUGUAACAUUUUCAGAAUGUUAAGUGUUCAAAAAGCAUCAUCAUAAUAAUCCUGCUAUUCAAUACAGCUCAUACGAUUUCUCUUUGCAGAACAACUCUUUUGGCUUUGUUUAACUGUUGAGGUCUUGUCAUUGUGUCAAGCCGUUUCUUUUCUUUCAUUGGUUGAAAUUUGAUGCAUGUCUUGUAUCAUCUUUGUACUAUCUUGCUUUAUUGGAACCAUUAUUGUUUUUCCGAAGUUGACAGUGACGUGUCUAGAGUUGAGUGAAUGAACGAGAGGAUGGAGGUGUUUCUGGUGUUGACUUUUGGUUGGUGAUGAGAGUGUGAUUUCUGUGGCUGUAAUGUGGAGAUUGAAAUAAACAUGGAUUUCAGAAAGA